AUGUUAAUCAACAUUCGAUACUUAUUCUUCUCUCUGCACGACCACCAUGAAGAUACCCGGCCGAUACUGGAAAUUUGGAAACCUCCAAACGCGUUCAAGGCUGCCUCUGUACCUCGUUCAAUUGAGGAAAUUGUCACAAGACCGCCGGAGCACACAAACCUGACACAUCUAAUUAUUGUAGCUGGCCAUGCUGUUUGGAAUGGUACGCACUCUUAUGAAAGUGAUUGGAUACUCGAACCUGCUCAGAAAACCUCAGCAUCCGCAUCGGUGAAGGCGUUCUGGAGUCACAUCGUCAAGGGCGCGGAGCAGUUGCUAGAGGAUGAAUCGAGCUUGUUGGUGUUCAGUGGGGGCCAGACACGCGCUCUAACACCCCAUUUAUCCGAAUCAGCAUCUUAUCUCGCACUUGGCACCGAAUCAAACGUAUUCCAAUCCAAUUUUCUACCACAUCCACGAGUGACGACGGAGGAAUAUUCCCUCGACUCUUUCCAAAACCUCCUCUUCUCUAUUGCCCGCUUCCGCGAGGUUGUGGGCCGAUACCCGGAGAAGAUCACCGUCGUUGGGUUCGGGAUGAAGGAGCCGCGCUUCACCCAUCUGCAUCGGAAAGCCAUUCGGUGGCCAUUGACGCCAGAGACAUGGAAUUAUGUUGGAGUGGAUCUUGAGGGCAGCGUGAAGGAUGUAGCUAUGGAAGGAGAGCGAGAAUAUGGAUAUAUACCCUUCACGAGAGACUUGUAUGGAUGCCAUGGGCCUCUCCUGGACAAGCGAAAGAGACGGAACCCACAUUCACGACAUCAUCCGUUUCACUCAUCGGCACCGGAACUGCGAUACUUGUUCGAGUGGUGUCCCACCGACGGUAUUCAACCUUUCCGAGCCCCGUUGCCGUGGGAUAUGCACGGAGAGUAUUUAGAGGACUGAGCAAGGGAACAA